GGUGCGUGAGGGUCUUGGAGCCCUGCUGGAGGGGCAUCCCGGGUGUGUGCGUGUGUGAUCGUGCCCGUGUCCCCUGUGUGUCCGUGCCAUUGCACACGAGGCCUAGUUCCUCAUGCACCCAUGUGUAGCAAGCCGGGUCCGAGUCUGUAGCCUGUCUUACCCUACCUCUCUGCCUGUUUUGCCUCAGGGUCUUUGGGGCCAGCCAUUGGCUUGUGGGGCAGUAUGUGGCCAUCCUGAUUCAGGUCACCUUUGACCCUGAGCUUGCAUGCCAUCAAACGCUGGCGUGUAGGAAUGUGUUUCUGUGUUCCUGGUGGCAGGUGUGUGCCUUUGCAUGUGUGCUCCAGCACCGGUCCGAGUAUCUGUGUCAGUCCCAGCAUGGGUGUCCAGGGCGGGUCUGGAUGUGGGUGGUGUGCCGGUGCUGGUGGGGAGAAAGUGUGUGUUCCUUAGGAUCCUACACCUUUGGGGUAGGCAGGUGUGAGCCCCUGCCUGGUCCCAAGGUGGGGACAGAAAGGCUUUUUAAGAGGCAAGUCGUGGGGUAAAGAGGACAAGUGGGGAGAAAUGAGAGAGGCUUCAAGAGCAGAGAGAGGGGGAGAAAGAAGAGUUAGGCAAUGGGAAUGUGGGAGAGAGCUGAGCCACACUUAGAAGAGGGGAGAGAGGACAGGCUUAAGAUGGAGAAGUGGGGCAGCAAGGUGCAGUUGGCCUUUCUGUGAAGUGGUCUCUGAGAAGGUGGGAGAUGCAGCAGGGCCUGGAUUCCUGCAGGCCUGGGAGGGUCUGAGGAGACCCCUCAGGAAGGGGCUGGCGCUCAGUGAGGCCUGUCAGUGCAGCAGCCGAGGAGGGAGCCUUGUUUCGAGCCUCCCUCUCCAGCCCUGAUCUUCAUCUUUCCAUAGCAGCAUUUUCCCCUGGCUCCCCUCCACAGCUGCCAGCUGGGUGUGGACCAGAAAGGCAGGGGCUUGGGGGACUGGAAGGCAGGGAAGAUGCUGUGGGUGAUGGCAAGAUUAGAGACAUUGGAGAGGCAGGAGUCCGCUCCCUUGCUGUGUGUUUGUGUGAGUGCAAUUGUGUGUGUAUACAGGGUGUGUGCAUGUGUGGGUGUGUGCACAAUGCCUGUGUUACGGGUCUGUGUAGGUGGCUGUUAUGUGUGUGCAUGCGUGUAUACAUCUUGCAGGGAUGGGGCGCAGAGUGCCAGCGUCGCGGUGCAUGCUUCUCAGGUGUGUUCUGUGUGUGCACAGUGCUGUGCUGGGUUCUCUGCACAUGUCACUGCAAGGAGCACUAAUAACAGGAUGUCCUGUGUUCCUGUCACUCUGCCCCUUCUCUGCUUCUGCCAGUUUCCCUGCUGCAGUGAUAGACUGUAAGCGUGUGUGUGUGUGUGUCCUCCAUGUACCUGUGACUUGUUUCUGAGUUCCGAGAUUUCAGUUCCUGGUAAUAUGUGUAUUACUUCUAAGAACCAAGCAAUCUAAUUAGCAUUCCCCUGCCUGUGUUAAUAGUUUACUUCUAAAACAUAAUUUAGUGAACUUAAGCAUAUGCUUUUAUGCCUCCAUUAGAAGAGUUUGUGUGAAAAUAAUGGCUGAUCUAGGUUCCCUGCUUAAGAAAUGCAGAGAUGAACUAGGAAGAAGAUAGCCUGCACCUUGCUUACUGUGUCACAGAUAAUUAGCUGUUUUGCUGUUGUGUGUGGGGGGGUGGUUUUUCUGGUAGCCAUUAUGGAUGCUAGUUUGGAAUCAGGGAAAAGCUGGUGUGUGUGUGUGUGUGUUGGGGGUCGCUGCCCCAAGACAGUGCAUGUGGUUGGGACUUUCAGUGUGGAUGAUGGGGAGAUAGAGACUCUCUUAUUUGGUUGAGACCAUUGUGCCACCUUCUGCGAGCAGCAGGGCCUGGAACUGUGGUGUAGUCAAGAGUGUGUCUCAGGGGUUACACUGGCCUUCUGCCUGGGGAUAGGAGUUAUCUUGGGGUUACAUGUCCAUUUCUGUAGUAUGCUGCCCAUAUAUUCCCCAAGGGACUUGGGCCACAUGGACCACACUAGCAGCUUUCAUGUGUGUGUCUGGGUUCAAGUAUGUAUUCCCCUGUUGCAGUGUUCACGUAUAUCUUAAGUGUGUGGGGUGUGUGGGCCUCAGGGUCGCAGAAUCUGGGUCCUCGUGUCCCCAUGCUUCUGUGUGUAUAUCUCAUGAGCACAUAGAUCCCUAUUUAAUUUUGGCAUUGCGGCUCUGAUACACACAUACCCCCCACAGUUCAGUGCAUGUUUCUGUGCCCUACACAUGUUCCUAAGGGACUCAGAGGACUGUGUGUCAAGGGAGCAGACUUGUGUGUGUCAUCUUGGGUUUGCAGGCAAUGGGCAGCUGGGGGCUGGUGCUAGGGUAGUUUUCAAUUCGGGAAGCAGUGCAACUAUAGUGUGGCCCAUUCUAGUUCCAUUCUGGGACUUAGAGGGUUAACAGACAGCUCUUCCGGUCUACCCCCCCCUCAGCCUGUAGCUUCUUGUUGCCUUGGAGAUGGUAGCCCCGCCCCUGAUGCAGCACCUGCCCCCCCAUUGGCUGCAGUGGUGAUUGUGGGGCUGAAGGGGGAGCCCAGGCCUGGGCGGCCAUUCUGGAGCUGGAGCCGGAGCUUGGCACCCCCACUUUCAUUCUCCUCCAGCCCCUCAGCUCCUUGAAAUCCCCUGGCAGCGGAGCUUCAGCCUCCUUCUUGGAGCUGCUGUCCCUCUAGACCCUUGGCAGGCUGAGCUUCAUCCGCAUUCACCUCCCUUCCUCCUCCUCCUCAGCCAACCUUUACUUGGGAGUCCCCAGAACCCCUACUGCCCCUCCUCCCCACCGGCGGCAAUCUUCUCUUGUCCUUUCCUUGCCACCGCAGUGCACGUGGGAGCUUCGGCUCCUCCUCCCCCACCCCGUAUCGGCCCCUUGGAUUUCCUGUCCCCUGCCACCCCUCACAGGUCCCUUCUGAGACCGUCCCCUCCAGUCCAGGGAGGGUCAUGGGAGGCAGCCCUGGCCCUCCAGACAGACAGGGUUUCUGGGAGGUGUGUAGCCAGUGGAGGACGUCCCAGGCUGGGAGAAGCAGAAAGCCUCUCUGUGGGCAAUGACCUUUAACCCGUCGUUCCCCAGCAAGCCCAUCAUUUUGUGGUGGUUAGGGGGGGGGGUACCAGAGACUUUGCUCUUCUGAAUCUUUGGUACUGGUUCUUCAUUACUGGGGUCUUAUUGACCCUCCUGGCCAUGCCCCUCUGCUGACUGCAAACCCCAGUCAUGGGCUUAAGGCCUCCCACCCCGUCCCCCUCCGGGGGCUCCGGCUCGGGUUCUUUGCCCCCUCCUCCCCGUGGUCAGCCUCUUCACCGCCGCUGUUCUUCCUGCUGCUUUCCAGGGGAAUACCACUUGGGUCGCUCGCGGAGGAAGAGUGUCCCAGGGGGGAAGCAGUACAGCAUGGAGGCCGCCCCCGCCGCGCCCUUCCGGCCCUCGCAAGGCUUCCUGAGCCGGAGGCUAAAAAGCUCCAUCAAACGUACCAAGUCACAACCCAAACUUGACCGGACCAGCAGCUUUCGCCAGAUCCUGCCACGCUUCCGAAGUGCUGACCAUGACCGGGCCCGGCUGAUGCAGAGCUUUAAGGAGUCCCACUCCCAUGAGUCCUUGCUGAGUCCGAGCAGUGCUGCUGAGGCCUUGGAGCUCAACUUGGAUGAAGAUUCCAUUAUCAAGCCAGUGCACAGCUCCAUCUUGGGCCAGGAGUUCUGUUUUGAGGUAACAACGUCAUCUGGAACAAAAUGUUUUGCCUGUCGGUCUGCAGCUGAAAGGGACAAAUGGAUUGAGAAUCUACAGCGGGCAGUAAAACCCAACAAGGACAACAGCCGCCGGGUGGACAACGUGCUCAAGUUGUGGAUCAUAGAGGCCCGGGAGCUGCCCCCCAAGAAGCGAUACUACUGUGAGCUCUGCCUGGAUGACAUGCUGUAUGCACGGACCACCUCCAAGCCCCGCUCAGCUUCGGGGGACACUGUCUUCUGGGGCGAACACUUCGAGUUUAACAACCUGCCGGCUGUCCGGGCCCUGCGGCUGCAUCUGUACCGUGACUCAGACAAAAAGCGCAAGAAGGACAAGGCGGGCUAUGUUGGCCUGGUGACUGUACCGGUGGCCACCCUGGCUGGGCGCCACUUCACAGAGCAGUGGUACCCUGUGACCCUGCCAACAGGCAGUGGGGGCUCUGGGGGCAUGGGUUCAGGAGGGGGAGGAGGCUCGGGGGGUGGCUCAGGGGGCAAGGGCAAAGGAGGUUGCCCGGCUGUGCGGCUGAAAGCGCGUUACCAGACAAUGAGCAUUUUACCCAUGGAGCUGUAUAAAGAGUUUGCAGAGUACGUCACCAACCAUUACCGGAUGCUGUGUGCGGUACUAGAGCCCGCCCUGAACGUAAAGGGCAAAGAAGAGGUUGCCAGUGCACUGGUUCACAUCCUACAGAGUACUGGCAAGGCCAAGGAUUUUCUUUCAGACAUGGCCAUGUCAGAAGUAGAUCGGUUCAUGGAGCGGGAGCACCUAAUAUUCCGCGAGAACACACUCGCUACUAAAGCCAUAGAAGAGUACAUGAGGCUGAUUGGUCAGAAGUACCUCAAGGACGCCAUUGGGGAAUUCAUCCGUGCUCUGUAUGAAUCUGAGGAGAAUUGCGAGGUGGACCCCAUCAAGUGCACGGCGUCCAGUCUGGCAGAGCACCAGGCCAACCUGCGGAUGUGCUGUGAGUUGGCCCUGUGCAAGGUGGUCAACUCCCAUUGCGUGUUCCCGAGGGAGCUGAAGGAGGUGUUUGCGUCUUGGCGGCUGCGCUGCGCAGAGCGGGGCCGGGAGGACAUCGCCGACAGGCUGAUCAGCGCCUCACUCUUCCUGCGCUUCCUCUGCCCAGCCAUCAUGUCACCCAGUCUGUUCGGGCUCAUGCAGGAGUACCCGGAUGAGCAGACCUCUCGAACCCUCACCCUCAUCGCCAAGGUCAUCCAGAAUCUGGCCAACUUUUCCAAGUUUACCUCAAAGGAGGACUUUCUGGGCUUCAUGAACGAGUUUCUGGAGCUGGAGUGGGGUUCCAUGCAGCAGUUCCUGUAUGAGAUCUCCAACCUGGACACACUGACCAACAGCAGCAGCUUUGAGGGCUACAUUGACCUGGGCCGCGAGCUCUCCACACUCCACGCCCUGCUCUGGGAGGUGCUGCCGCAGCUCAGCAAGGAAGCCCUCUUGAAGCUGGGCCCACUACCCCGGCUCCUCAAUGACAUCAGCACAGCCCUGAGAAAUCCCAACAUCCAAAGGCAGCCGAGCCGCCAGAGUGAGCGGCCCCGGCCUCAGCCUGUGGUGCUGCGGGGACCAUCGGCCGAGAUGCAGGGCUACAUGAUGCGAGACCUCAACAGCUCCAUCGACCUUCAGUCCUUCAUGGCUCGAGGCCUCAACAGCUCUAUGGACAUGGCUCGCCUCCCCUCCCCAACCAAGGAGAAGCCACCCCCACCCCCACCCGGCGGGGGUAAAGACCUGUUCUACGUGAGCCGGCCCCCGCUGGCCCGGUCCUCUCCAGCAUACUGCACGAGCAGCUCAGACAUCACGGAGCCAGAGCAGAAGAUGCUGAGCGUCAACAAGAGCGUGUCCAUGCUGGACCUGCAGGGCGAUGGGCCUGGUGGCCGCCUCAACAGUAGUAGUGUUUCCAACCUGGCAGCUGUUGGGGACCUGUUGCACUCAAGCCAGGCCUCACUGACAGCGGCCUUGGGGCUGCGGCCUGCACCUGCUGGGCGCCUCUCCCAAGGGAGUGGAUCGUCCAUCACGGCAGCUGGCAUGCGCCUCAGCCAGAUGGGUGUCACCACGGAUGGUGUGCCUGCCCAGCAACUGCGCAUCCCGCUCUCCUUCCAAAACCCUCUCUUCCACAUGGCUGCAGAUGGACCAGGACCCCCAGGGGGCCAUGGAGGGGGCAGUGGCCAUGGCCCAUCUUCUUCCCAUCACCACCACCACCACCAUCACCACCACCGAGGUGGAGAGCCCCCAGGAGACACUUUUGCCCCAUUCCAUGGCUAUAGCAAGAGUGAAGACCUCUCCUCAGGGGUCCCCAAACCCCCUGCUGCCUCCAUCCUUCACAGCCACAGCUAUAGUGAUGAGUUUGGACCCUCUGGCACUGACUUCACCCGUCGGCAGCUCUCACUCCAGGACAACCUGCAGCACAUGCUGUCCCCUCCCCAGAUUACCAUUGGUCCCCAGAGGCCAGCUCCCUCAGGGCCCGGGGGUGGGAGCGGUGGGGGCAGUGGUGGGAGUGGCGGGGGCCAGCCGCCUCCCUUGCAGAGGGGCAAGUCUCAGCAGCUGACAGUGAGCGCUGCCCAGAAACCCCGACCGUCCAGCGGGAACCUACUGCAGUCUCCAGAGCCGAGUUACGGCCCCGCACGUCCACGGCAACAGAGCCUCAGCAAAGAGGGCAGCAUUGGGGGCAGCGGGGGCAGCGGUGGCGGAGGGGGUGGGGGGCUCAAGCCCUCCAUCACCAAACAGCACUCUCAGACGCCAUCCACGUUGAACCCCACGAUGCCAGCCUCAGAACGGACCGUGGCCUGGGUGUCCAACAUGCCUCACCUGUCAGCUGACAUCGAGAGUGCCCACAUCGAGCGGGAAGAGUACAAGCUCAAGGAAUACUCAAAAUCGAUGGACGAGAGCCGGCUAGACAGGGUGAAGGAGUACGAGGAAGAGAUACAUUCGCUGAAGGAGCGGCUACACAUGUCCAACCGGAAGUUGGAGGAGUAUGAGCGGAGGCUGCUGUCCCAGGAGGAGCAGACCAGCAAAAUUCUGAUGCAGUACCAAGCCCGCCUGGAGCAGAGCGAGAAGAGGCUGCGGCAGCAGCAGGUGGAAAAGGAUUCGCAGAUCAAGAGCAUCAUUGGCAGGCUGAUGCUGGUGGAGGAGGAGCUGCGCCGGGACCACCCCGCCAUGGCUGAGCCGCUGCCUGAACCCAAGAAGAGGCUGCUCGACGCUCAGGUGGAGAGGCAGCUUCCCCCCUUGGGUCCAACAAACCCGCGUGUGACGCUGGCCCCACCUUGGAACGGCCUGGCCCCCCCAGCCCCACCCCCCCCACCCCGGCUGCAGAUCACGGAGAACGGCGAGUUCCGAAACACCGCAGACCACUAGCCACCCAGCAUCACAGACCUCCUGUCCCAUGCACCCUAUCCCGGAACAUCAACCACCAGGACUGGAAGUCACCGUCACCGAGGGACAGCGGGAUUGCCUCCCUGAAUGCCUCCUUGGGGCACCCAUCUGCCACCCCCACUGCACCAUUUCCAGGAGGGAGAACAGGGACCUUUAGCUGCCCUCUUUUCCUUCCUGUUGGGGUGCUGCCCCCUGACCCCCAGGAACACCACCUAACCCACACAGACCCCUUCACUCUGGGGUGCUAUCCCCAUCCUCUGCCUCAUAGUUCCCCUGAGCACUGGGGGACAUACCCUCACCCCCACCCUGGGGGUGUGGCGCCUCCAAACUUUCAACUUCAGGGUGAUUUUUUAGCAGUAACCAGAGCUGACAAUCUAACUCCCCUCCACCGCCCCAUUUUGGCUUCCCCUGCCCCCCUUGUUAUGGGGAGGGGACCCCGAGUGAGGGGGCCCUAUUACCCCUUGAUUUCUCAGGAGCGUCUGGGGGGGCUCAGCACGCACAAACUCCUUCUCCUCCCACCACUCUUAAAUUUAUUCCCUCCCCACCCAGAACCCAGAUGGGGUGGAGGGGGCCACCGGGGCAGGGAGGGGGCGGCAAGGGGGGAAUGGGAGUUGCCUCCCCUUCUUCCCACACCUGAUCUGCUCUCGGCUGGUCCCAGAGCGGGGUGAGGGGGCUUGUGCCCCCCCCUGCCCCAGUGUGUUGGGUGGGGUGGAACUGAGGUUGGGUGAGGGGUUAGGGUUUAGGAGGGCAUGUGUGCUGGCUUGCUGAGGGCAGACCAGCUGAUCUGCCCGACCCUGACACAGCCCUCCUGCCCCUCCCUCUCUAGGUCUCUACUCCCAGGGGGAGGGGGGAAACUUACUCUAGGAAAAGCCAUGUCUCUCUCCCCCAGGGUGGGGGGACCUGUGUUGGAGGAGGGGUGUUGCGGGGGGCCCCCCCGCUUCCAUGACUCUGUUCCCUGGAGGUAGGACAGGGCUGGGCUUCCCUUUCAUCCUCCCCCACCCAGUCUCCCUCCCUCCCGCCAGCUCCACAAUUUUUCGGUGUUUCUCUGUAUAUAGCUCUCUGGCGGGAUGGGGGAGGUAGGAUGGAUGGGGUUUAGGAUGGGUAGGCCAUGGGAGGGCAGGAGCCCCCCCUUGGCAGCCCCUCUUCCCUGACUGCUGUCCCCUAACAGCCUUGCCCCUCCUCAUCCAUUCUUGCGUUUGGUAUUGAGAAUCUUCCCAAACUCCACCUUUUUUUCUUUUGUACGGACAGCCUUCCUUCAGUUCCAUUCCCCUACUCACAUUCACCCAGCCGGGGCCAAAUUUAUACUUAUAUAAAAGUUGUAAAUAUGUGAAAUUUUAUCCCCGUGCCCUUUCCUCUGCUUUCCCCACUUCAGGCCCUAUCCUUGGACUCCCCCCUUCUUUGGCUGUUGUAAUUAUCUGGGGUUUGUACUGUACAUAUCUGGGGUGUAUGUGUGGGGGCUGGGGGGCGACCCCUCUGUACAGAGCUUCCUGGCCCCCUCCCCUUCCCCCCCACCACCUUGAGUAGGGAGAUGCUCUUCCUACCAGUUUUAUUUUGUUUUCUCGUUCUCCCUCCGUCCCACCCCCCCAGCCUUUCGGACCCCGACCACUACCCCUUUUUCUCCCAGCCCCAUUUCCUUUUUUUCUGGAGUGUGUGGUGAAACAGAAAUCAUGUUUAAUAAACGGAGAUUGUUCUUUUA